CCCGUUACUAUGGCUUUUAGGUAAAAUCUCAGGAUAGGUCAUUAUCUAUUCUUGAUAUGGGCAGUCUUUUUGUAUGAGUGCAUUCUGUCUAGUUGUUGGGCGUGAUUUUCCUUGUUGAAGAACAGUCACCAAUAAUUGUGAAUAGUAGGCAUUCUUUUUUUUGGGAUUUUGGAUAUUUUGCUCUUUUGUAGAUACACACUCGCCAACCAACACUACACACAUUAAAGAUGAAUGCUCCCGAUCGUUUUGAAUUAUUCGUGAUUCCUGAAGGAAGAAAGAAGGUAGAGAUGGAGGUGGAUACCAAGAUCCCCAAUGCCGCUACCUUUGCUAUUGAACGUGAAGAUCAUACGCUUGGUAAUAUUUUGAGAGGUCAAUUAUUAAAGGAUCCUAGAGUUUUAUUUGCUGGUUACAAAGUGCCUCAUCCUCUCGAACACAAUUUUGUGAUUAAAGUCCAAACCGUACCUGGCACUUCACCUGGAAAAGCCUUAAAAGACGCCACAUCCGAACUCAUUUCAGAAGUCAAUGCGCUAAAGAACAAAUUUGAUAUGGAAGUCAUUCGUCACCGUACUUUUGAGGAUGCCAAGGCUUCACAAUCAGGUUACGACGACUCCAUGAAUAACAUGGAUUCUCACCAUGCUGUAAUGGACGUAGACUUUUAAGAUUAUUGGGAGAGAAAGAGAUAAAAGAAGAAUGGCCCUUUUAUAUCUUUCUGGCGUGUGUAUCAGAUUAAAAUAAAGGAACACUUUUUUUUUUUUUAAUUGUAAAUAUGACCUUCCUUUAAUGCUUACUCAAGCAGAAAACCCCACACUCUG